AUGAGCAAUCGCACGCUUGUUGACGAAGAAGCGCCUUCAUCAUCAGACGACGAAGAUUAUUUUCUUCCAAAAGAAGCGUUGAGUGAUGAGGAAGAAGAUGACGAGGAGGAUAACGAAGUUCAGAAGGAGCCUUCUGUUUGCAAAAGUUCCAAAAAUAAGAGCGGUAGCUUUGCUAAUGGCAUAGAAUUUUCUACAAGAGGGGAAGAGGAUGAAGAAGCAAGGAAAAAAAGAGCUGAUGCUCUCUUUGAUGCCUUUUUAGCAGACACUGAUGAACCCACAACAUCUGUAAAAGUGCCUCCCAUCCAUGAGGACACUGGUUCCAGACGAUCAACAGAAGAAACCCAGCCGACAAAGGAUGCUGGAAACAGUUUGGCAGGAUUACCCAACAGGACGGAAGUUGAUGUGUUUGGCGAUGAUAAGGUUGAAGAAUGUGGCAAGAAUGGGAGGGCAGCGAGCCGUGGUGAAGAUCAGGUCAAAAAGAUAAAUUCAGUGCACUCGCAGAGUUCAAAGCGAUCUGCCGUUGGCCUCAACAGUGCUCUAAGUCUAGCCUCGAAGAAGUCACGAACAAGUGUGCUUGAAAAGUCUCAUAAAGACUGGACGGAAUUCAAAAGUGCAGAGGGGAUUGAGGACGAAUUGAGUAUGCACAAUCGCGGCAAGGACGGUUAUAUUGAUAAACUGGACUUUCUUACCAGAGCUGAUUUCAGACAGUUCGUGAAUGAGAGGGACGCACGUGCUGCUCGAAGGAGUAAAAAGUUUUAG